CUAUUCAUUUUCAAUUCGGCCGCUCGCUGUCAAAAGUUUUUUUCCCCGCGUUCGGAACGGUUGAGUUUUUUGCUUCUUCUUUUCGCUGCGCUGCUGCAUUUUGUACACACGGGGUGGUAAUUUUGGUCGUCGGCAUUCUUCUCUUGUAUUUGAAUUUUUUUUUGUUAAAAAUUGAAUAAAAUUUACUCAAAUUCUUUUCCUUCUUUUAAUUCGCAAUCAAAUUUUUGUGGAAAAAUUCGAAAUUUUUAACUUUUUCCCGACAAAAUACGUGAAAUUUCUCUCUUGUCGCCCCAUAGUCACUUUUUUUUUUUUCUUGUCAAGAGACCAAGAGUGAAACUCGAUUUUUUUUUUAUCUUAUUUCGCCCCAAUUUUUUGAGUUUACUCUUUUUCGAAUUUUAUAAAUUUUAACACACACUUAAUAAAGAAAAAGAAAAAAGAACGGAAUCUAAUCAAAAAUGUCAUUUCGUGUUGUACGAAGUUCGAAAUUUCGUCACGUCUAUGGCCAAGCACUGAAACGUGAGCAAUGCUACGAUAAUAUUCGUGUAUCGAAAAGCAGUUGGGACUCAACAUUUUGUGCAGUAAAUCCGAAAUUUUUGGCAAUCAUUGUCGAGUCAGCUGGCGGCGGAGCUUUUAUUGUUUUGCCACACAAUAAGGUUGGUCGUAUUGCAGCAGAUCAUCCAUUAGUAGGCGGUCACAAAGGUCCUGUAUUGGAUAUUGCAUGGUGCCCACACAACGACAAUGUCAUUGCUUCUGGUUCAGAAGAUUGUGUUGUUAAAGUAUGGCAAAUACCCGAUGGUGGCCUAUCGCGGACACUCACCGAUCCUGUUGUCGAUCUUGUCUUCCAUCAAAGAAGAGUUGGUUUAGUGCUGUGGCAUCCAUCUGCGUUAAAUAUACUCCUUACAGCCGGUUCAGAUAAUCAAGUUGUUAUCUGGAAUGUCGGUACUGGUGAUAUACUCGUACAUAUUGAUAGUCAUCCGGAUAUUGUUUAUAGUGCCUGCUUUAAUUGGGAUGGUUCCAAAUUGGUAACCACAUGUAAGGAUAAAAAAAUCCGCAUUAUCGAUCCACGCACAGGUGAAGUGGAAAGUGAAGCUCUCUGCCAUGAAGGAUCCAAAGCGACACGUGCUCUCUUCCUGCGACAUGGUCUCAUUUUCACAACCGGUUUCAAUCGAUCAUCGGAACGUCAAUACUCAUUAAGAGCACCCGAUGCAUUGAGUGAACCAAUUGUGAUGGUUGAAUUGGAUACGUCUAACGGUGUUAUGUUCCCUCUGUAUGAUCCAGAUACGAAUUUAAUUUACCUUUGUGGUAAAGGUGAUUCAGUUAUACGGUAUUUUGAAAUCACACCAGAACCACCAUUUGUACAUUAUAUUAAUACGUUUCAAACGCCAGAUCCUCAACGUGGUAUUGGUAUGAUGCCAAAACGUGGAUGUGAUGUUACCACCUGCGAAAUAUCUAAAUUCUAUCGUCUCAAUAAUAAUGGGCUGUGCCAAGUCAUUUCAAUGACAGUUCCAAGGAAAUCGGAUUUGUUCCAAGAAGAUUUAUAUCCAGAUACUUUGUCAGAUGAUGCCGCGUUAACGGCAGAAGAAUGGGUUGCCGGACAAGAUGCUGAUCCAGUUGUUAUUUCUCUUAAAGAUCGUGUAUCUAUUGUACAGGGAGGCUAUAAGUCAGGAACUAAAUCACUAUCGGUGACAAAAAAGGCCAACAUCCUAAAUAAAAGCUCUCCGAAGACUGGCAGCGGUGGCGGUGGAGGCAGUAGCGGUGGUGGAAGUGCAUCAAAGGGUAUUGAUUUGUCAAUUGGCAAUUCAAAUGCAUCCAAUAACAACGAUAGUGGACCAGUUAGUGGAAUAAGUGAAAAGGACCUCCGUGACAUUACUGACGAAAUUCGAAAACUCAAAGCAAUUAUUGUCAAGCACGAGAAUCGAAUUCGUGCAUUAGAAGCUGCAUUCAAAGCGCAAGAAGAAGAUAUAGCGGAUGCCGCUCCAUCAAAUAAGUCAGGUGCUUCGUCUGCCAAUAAUAGUAGUGAAACAAAAACGACGGCGCACGAUAACUCCACAUCGAGCAAGGAUAACGAUAAAAGUGCCAAUGAUAGUCACACAAAACUAGCACCUGACGAUGUGUAAAAUGUCAUAACAUCCCCACAACACACCCUUACCACCUACAUCUAUUAUUAUUAUUUUCAUAACAAAAAAAUAAUUGUUUUAUAUAUAUUUAAAAAAAAAAUGCAAACAAAAAGAAAAAAAACAGAUUUUAUGUUUUUUUUUAUACAAAAUAUUUUAUUUUUUACAAUAUUUUCUUUCUUUUGAAAAAACAAAAAAAAAAUGUUUUACUAAUUUAAAAUAAAUACAAAUUGAUUAUAAAGUAAAAAAAAGUAAAGUACAUACAGUUGAUAAUUUAAAAAAGAAAAAUGCCCCUGGCAAUCAACACUAUUGUAACAAUUUUUUUAAUAGAAAAGAAAAAAAAAACUCAAAAACAAUUAUAUACCUAUAAUGAAAGCUGAAACAAUUAUUAACCUAUAUACUACGCCAAAUUAACAUGCAUUAAGUACCAAACUGUUGAUUUUUUUUUAUUAAUUUUAGUAUUUUUUUAAUUGAUAACACAAUAAUAAACAAACACACACAAAUGUGAGAAGAGCCAACGAAUUAGGCUUAAUUUUUUUUUAUCAUUUUAUUUCAUACAUAUUUUUAGAUUUGUUUCUUCUUUUUUUAUGUAGAGAAAAGUAUCUGCUAUCAACUGAGAGGUUUUAUAAAUUAUUGUAAAAAAUAUAACUAAAUAUUAUAACAACUUAGUUACUUUUUUUUAAUAAGUUGCAGUUGAAAAAAAAGAAAGUGUUUUAAAAAAUUAUUAAAUUAUUUUAUCUAUGUUAUGAAAUUUAUUUAAAAUUAGUACGAAAACAAAAAAUUCAAUCAUUGAUAACAUUUAUACUAGAUAUUCACAAACAGAAGAGAUUAAUUAAAUUUUUAUAAUUCAUUUUUUGUUGUUGAUCGAUUCUUUUAUUUUAUUUUUUUUUUGUUCGUCUUUUUCAUUCAUGCAUCCCCUACCUUUCCCCAAAACUGCUUAUACAUUUUGUUUUUCUUUAAAUAAUGUAAUUUUUUAUUUAAGAAUUUGUUUUAUAAAAAAAAAUUUAUCAGUAAAUAUAAAUGAUUCUUUUUUAUUAUUAUUAUUUUACUUUGUUCGUACAUAAAUAUUUUCUUCGUUUUAAUAUUUUAUUUUUUUGUUCUAUUUUUAGUUGUGUACUUUUUAAUUAUUUUUAUUUUGUUUUGUGUCAUCAAUAAAAAAAUACUGCUCAUUUUA